GUGAAAGUCAAUUUUCAACCGUAGAGAAGUCUUUGUUGGGCUCGAGCAGCAAGUAUAUAGUUCUACCAAUAGAUGAUCAUGUAUUUCAUCUUAAAAAUACUUAGUUUCUUGUAUCUUUGUGCAGGUGUGCAGUGUGUCCAUCAGGUGUCAUGGCUGCCCUGUCAGUUCACUGAUGAACACGUGUUUAAGAAUGAAGAGGGUCACACGGAGACUCAGCUCAUCCACAGAGAGGCCCUGCUGCAGUUUGGUCAAAUAGGAGAUGCUGCUGUUAAUCCACAUGGAAUCACUUUCCUGAUUACUGUCUCUAAAUUGGACCUGCGGCGAUACUUGGAGGGAGUGGAGGCGGAGCAGUUGGAGUGUGAGCUGCGUAGGUACAGCACAGCGGGCAAUCAUGUUCGCUGGCCAGUGCUGGGGGCCCGGGAGUACAACCACUGGUUCAUCUGCACCCUGAAACACACCAACGGCCUGUUCAGAAUCACAGGCUUCCUCAGACACCCAUCGGACACAGCAGCCCCGGGACAGCAGGACUACAACAGCUGGACUCCCAUCGGGGACAGAGAGAUGCUCGUCACAACAACUGCCAUGGUAAUGAAAACACUAACUCCAUCAGUGAGAGCAGGCCUGGGCUCCAAACAGAAGCUCCACUGCCAGUUUGCUGUCGACCACCAUGGACCAAACUUCGAUGUGGAGUGGCUCCUGCAGCAGCGUGGAGAGAGAACCAGCCUCUUCAGUCACAGCAGCCGCUCAGUACAGAGCAAGGGGUCCGGGGUCCUACAUAGGAGCCUGGCAGACGGAGAUGCUUCCUAUACCCUUCCCUUCACCAAGUUGAGCAGUGAAGGGACGUACAUCUGUUCAGUGUCCGUGCUUCAACUGCUCGUCAGUACGGAUAUUGUUCUGCAAAUCGAAGAGGCUCCCAGGGUCUCCCUCAACGUUGGACCCACUCUGACGCUGCUGGAGGGCGGGGAGCAGAGGGUGACAUGUGAGGCAGACAGUUACUACCCUCUGGAUGUGGAGAUCGAGUGGUACAUGCAGGACCCGGCGGUGGCGGGUCAGAGGGUGGGCGCUCCUCUCCCCGAGAAGCUCCAGAACGUUCUGCUGUCCAGCCACAAACACAACAACGACAAGACGUACUCGCUGACGGCCUUCUUCUACCUGCGGGCUGCACUCAAGCAUUCAGGAAGGGAGUUCACAUGCAGAGUAUCCCAUAAGUCCCUGAGGGUGCCCAUCAAAAAGAGCUUCACCCUGACUGUGGAGGAGCCAACCGGCUGGAUGCUUUACAUUGUGAUCUCGCUGCUGCUCACCCUGUGUGUGCUGCUGUGUUACCUGUACUUAGCAAGAAGACGUUCACGAUAGAACCGACUAUACUGAGCAGCAGCCUUGGAAGAGUGAGAAGAUUGAGUGGUAAAAGCGAACUGUCCCCCUACCUCUUCAGUUUGUUUCAGAGACUCAUUUGAUUGGUGUGUGUGUGUGUUUAUUUUAAGAUGAAUGUUUGUAUUGAUGUUGCAUUGAUUUUGCUAAUGCUAAUAAAUAAAUGUAAUUGCAUUAUCAAACUCGAAAAUACAACA